CCUCCCUGCUGCUUUUGCUGCCACAGGAACUAGCAGCCUGCUGCUGCUGCUGCUGGUUGGCUAUCAGCUUCAUCAGCAGCAAAAAGCAGUGCCAAGGUGCAAGGUGUAAGCACUCAAGGCUACUCUGAAACAGCAGUCCGCGAGCAAGGCGCAUACCUCACACACCAAAAAACAUGCGACUGUUGCAGCAGCUGUCCGUGUGUUGCGCCGUCAUCGGUAGCAGGGCAUGGACGAGCCAAGCGUUCCUGCUGUCUUCAGGGGUAGGGCGGCUCUCGCGAUCCAUGGUCAUGCUUGGAUCUACCAUAUCGGACGUCCGCAUCCACAAAGACGUUGUCGUGAUCGGUGGUGGCCUCGCCGGACUCUCGACGGCCUUGGAGCUGGCAAAGCGAGGGAAGCAGGUAACGGUGCUGUCUCGCAAUCGUGCGGAAGCGGCAGCGGAGGCUGCCGGGGGGAUGAUUGCUCCUCAAGCAGAGCGGUUGGAGAGCGGGCCUUACCUCGAUCUUUGCUUGACGAGCCGGGCGAUGUACGCGGAGUGGGUCCGGAGCAUCGAGGCGAUUGCCGGGAUGGGUGGAGAGACGGCUGGAGAGCAGACUGCUGCCGAGACAACAAGGACACACUUCUGGAGCUCGGGAGGGUUCAUGAGUCCGGCCUUCGAAGGCGAUGCUGUGCACGUGUGGAGCCCUCCGCCUGAGGGGGGGCAGGCCCAUUGGAUCGGCAGAGACCAGGCUUUGGAAAUGGAGCCUUCUUUGUCUCCUGAUAUCGUUGGGGCGUGGUGGUUUCCCCAAGACAUGAGCAUCGACGCGCAGCGGAUGUUCAGGGUGUUGGAGCAGGCGUGCAGCAAGGGCGGUGUGGAGAUACUCCAAGGGACGGCGGCAGCUAGCCUCGUAUACGACAGCGAAGGCACGUCCGUGGACGCCGUAGUGUUGGAGGACGGUCGGCAAGUUCACGCCAAUGCCGUUGUUUCGGCGACAGGCGCCUGGAUGCGCGAGCUAAUGCCGGUCCCCAUGGUGCCGCACAAGGGGCAGAUGAUGGCACUCAGGGAGCCGGCGGGUGGGCUGGGUGCGGGAGCGCCUAGGCAGGGUGGGGGAAUCGGUCUGACACGCGUGUUCUUCGCGGAGGGGUGCUACAUUAUCCCAAAGAGGGAUGGUCGUGUCGUCGUCGGCUCCACGGUAGAGGUGGGAGAGUACGGUAUUUACAACACCCCGGCCGGCAUCAAGCAGAUCAUCGACGCCGCCGUGAAGGUCUGCCCCGCUCUCGCAGAUCUGGCGAUAGAGCGCACGUGGGCGGGAUUGCGGCCGGUCACCCCCGACUGCUUUCCGGUGCUCGGCGCCUCCCCCCGCUGCCCUAACCUCUUCGUCGCUGGCGGGUACUGGCGCAACGGCGUUCUGCUCGCCCCUAAGACGGCGCAACUGGUGGCGGACGCGGUUUGCGGCCUUCUAUCUCCGCAAGACGAAAGUUUCUUGCAGGAGUUCUCCAUGGACCGGUUCACCAAACUAGGGGAAUCGGCAGCGGCAGCAGCGCGGGAUGAUAAGCCUCGUGCUCAACCCGCCGCUGCUGUGGAACCACAACGGCCUGCGCCGACGGGAACGUUUUCAUCGUCGGGUUCGAGGGCAGAAGGUUUCAUUUCGGAGGCCUCGCCAUCCGAGGUGUUGGAGAUGGAGCGCGCGGCGUUGGAGGGUGCCAACGACGCGAGCAUACUGUCGGCCCUUGAGGGCAUGUUCGGCGAGGGGAUGGUCCCGGUGGAGGUGGAGGAAGAUGACGCAUCAAGAGACGUGCCAAGCACCCAUGCCUCGAGCACCAAUUCGGCUCCUGCUUCUUCUGCUUCUGCUUCCAAAGUACAGGAACCGGUGAACGACUAUCACGCAAGCGAGCAAUUCUCUGAGGAAAAGUUGAAGGAGGCACGGAUGGCCAACCGCAUGCUACAGGAAGACAGCUCCGAUGCGAGACUUGAGUCUGUCUUCGGCGGUGGUCCUGAGGAGGCCGGGUUUUCGGAGGGAAUCGCAAACAUUAACUCGUGGGACGAUGGGGCUGCGGAGGUUGCCAGCAUCAUCGGGGCCGAGCUGGUGGAGAUGGAGGUGGACAUCCCAGACGGCAUGACGAUCGAGGAGGCGCUGGCUGAGCAGGGCCCGAUGAUGAAGGUAUUGUUGGAGAGCCCUUCUGGCGAAGAGGUAGAGGUCCCAAGAGGGAUGAACGUUGCUGGCAUGGUGGAAGCGGGACUCAUCGCACCCGUGGGCGAGGCAGACGAUGACGGGGAAGACUUCUUCGGCGAAGGGGGUGCGGGGGCACGGGGGUGGAAGGUGCAAGAACCCCCUGCCGGCACGUUUGACCCUUCGGCCGUUAAGGGUGCGGGAGAGCGAAGCACGGAGGUUAGCGAGCUGUACGCCAAAGUUAUGGCUAACAAGGCCAAGGCCAAGGGGGUCGGGGGAGGAGAGACAUCGAAAACGAAUUCCCCGUCUACUACGCGGAACGGCCACAACGGGAUCAACGUGAAGGUGAAGGAUGGAGCAAAGGGUGCGAGCUCUUGGCUUGGUGACAUCCUCGCCAUGGGUCAGGGGUCAGGCGGCUCCAAGGAGAAAAGGGAGGUCGAAGAUACGCACAGAAACAGCGGCGAAAAGGUCGAGGGAACAGCUCAUGUCGGGGCAGGCGCGGAGGUUUCCUCCGAAUCAGAUGGGGCAGCAGGAGAAGCGGAGGAGAUGGUUGGUUACGACUUCAUCCUGAAAGACAGAGGGGACGAGGAGGGAAAAGUCGCAAGAAGCGCGCGGGCUUUGGCCAGGGACGCUCCAGAAGGACAAGAGGCGUGGGAAAACUAUGAGAAGAUCGCUAACGAAGCCAUGGCGAGUGUGGGGGGGAUGGAAGCUGUCGAGUAUUUGCCUCCAUGAUCACUCCCGAGGCGGCGCCGUGCGUGCCGUACUG